AUGAGCUUGCAUACCAUCGGUGGUGAGCGUUUGUCAAAGCCUUUUGAUGUCAAUGGACAACAUUGGCUUGCUAUUCGUGACCACGUGCGCACAGUUAGCCUGGCACGAGCGCUGAGCAUCAACCCAGCCGACCGACAGAAUGUUCCCAAUCAAAACUGGGUAGUAUCGUUCCUGUCUGGCUGUUCAAAGUUGGAGUCGUUGCAUAUGAACAAAGUGGAGCCUAACUGGCCCUUCUUCAGACUGAACUUCGACAGCCUUCGCAAUAUAACUUUGAAGAACGUGCGUGCUCCGGGUAUCGGCUUUCACAACUUUAUUGUACAGAAUGCGGGCCUUCUUGAAACCAUCAUAUGCAAUUAUGUCAUCUUGAAACGCGAAGUCGAGGGCAUGUUAUACGAUCUAUGGUAUCGGGACGUCAACCCCAGAGCUGUAUCUUGGCUCAAGGUCGUCGACAUUCUGGGCAGCAUUCCUUAUCUGAAGAAAUGCCACUUGUCCGAGCUGAUUCAGAUGGAAAUUUCGCCAGUUUAG